AUGGAUAAUGGGGACCAAAGGCCCACCUGCCGAGCCCAUUGUCAUCCUCAUCUGGCAACAUCAAUAAUUUUAGUUUACCUCCGCAGGCUCCCCUGCCGAGCCCAGUCAACUUUGCUCCAGCCUCAUCCAUCGCAUUCCACACAAUCCCAAAUCUUCUUGCCGCAAAUCGAGUUGCCCGGUCUGAUCUCCCCCGUCGGUCAGUCCGACGGCGACCCAUUACCUGCCGUCGCCGACUCCCUCCCGGCCACCGUUGUUCUGUCCUCUCCCGUCGGUCCGUCACCUGCAGAUUUGCCCCAUAUUGAACCACCGCCCUCAAUUCCAAUCUCUAGUACAGACACGACGUCGCCGGUCGUCCCAACUAUACAGUACAGUCGCCGCCGUCCUCAACAGUCGUCGCCGGAUUCUGCCGCCGUCAUCCACCCACCAGUGACAGCUUCCACUGCGGCGCAUCCAUCACAACCACAUGACCAGUCUGUCACUCCAUCAAACAUCUCCACUCCAUCUGACGCGGCUCCACCGCCAACGCGUCUUCGGGAAGGUAUUGUUCAACCUCGCCAACGCACUGAUGGCACUGUCAGGCCAAAAAUGGAGCUAUAUAAAAGUUGGAAAUGGAAUACAGUAACUUCAAGAACGUUGGCAAUUGGCUGA